ACCACCUCACGCAAGUACCCAUCGAACCACCACCACCAUCCACUUCCCAAAGCAAUCCCCAAACCCCACCCCACCCCAUCAACAACAACAACUACAACAAAAUGCCCUCCCUUCCCCCAACCAUCCUCCUCAUCUCCCUCGAACUAGAACCCUACUUCGACGACAUGUACACGCCCCAAAUCGACCUCCUCGCAACGCACGCAACCCUCCAACGCACCCAAACCGCAGACGUCACCCUCCGCGUCCUCACCUCACCCACCCCCCCACACGCCGUCCUCCUCACCGACGCAGCGCUCACCCAAAAAAGCCACAUCCACGUAUGGGACGCAGUUCUCCAAUACAUCCGCAGCGGCGGUACAGCCGUCUGCAUGGGCCAGUUCAGCAGCUUCAUCAAACCGCCUCAUUUCGCGCCCUUCUUCAGCGGGGCGGGUCUUCAGUGGGAUAUGGAGGCGUACCUGCGCACGACGGUCUGUCUGCAGCGGGAGAAUUGUCCGACGCGGUAUCGCGAGACUCUUCCGGCGAGGUAUAGCCAGAAGGCGGUGUUUUUGAAGAAUGUGGCACCCGCGGAUGUCUGGUAUCGGACGGGGGAGGAUUCGGUGCGGGAGUCUUUGGUGUGGAGCCCGGAGCCGGUGGGAGGGAUGGGUGGUGCUGCGGUGGUGGCUG